AUGAAAUACGCCAUGAAACUCCUCUCAACCCUCUCCCUCGCGGCCCUCGCCUCCGCCCAACUCGACAAACCAGCCCUAACAUCCAACCUCGACUACCUCCUCGAAGGCAACACCGCCAACCUCCCGACCACCUCGCACUCGAUCGCCAUCUGGUCGCAGGGCUGGAUCCCCAAGGACUGCAAGGACCUCGGCGAGGGCGAGGAUCUGGAUGCAACGGACUUUGAGAUUUAUCAGGUUAGCUAUGAUGAUUGCUCCGACCCCUGGCUCGUAUGCCGGCACAAAGAAGCCCCAAACGACAUCUCCGCCAUCGCCGAAACAUUCGGGCGCGUCCCCGUCAAGAUCCGCGACUGGGUGAGGCAGAUCCUCGUUCUCCCCGGCGGGAACUCGGCGUUUGCAGUAAAUGGCAACGUUGCGUUUUUCGGGACGACGGACGAGAAUGUGGAUGUUGUUAUCCACGAGUCGGCGCACUGCCUGGAUGGGUUUGCGGCGUUUGGCGAGGUUAUUAAUACAAGCGAGAACUUCCUCGCAGCCUACGACGCCGACACACACGUCCCCGACGACUACGCGCGGUCCAGCCAAGCCGAGAACGUCGCGCAAAACACCGUCGUCGCCGUCUACGACAGCAACGUCCCCGGUGGGUUCCCGGGUAUCCAACCCAACUACACGGCAAUCGAGAACCAGUAUAGCUACAUCAAGAAGAUUGGUGGUGACGCUCUUGUCCCCGGUGGGACGUGUGAUCGGCAUCUUGAGAACUCGGAGACGGUUCCUAUGGUGGAGGCUGCUGCGAAUGGGACUGUUUCUUCGCGGUUGUUUAGGAAGGCGUUGCAAGGGAAGCCGGAUUCGAGCUUCAAGGGGGCUUAUGGGAAUGUUGUCAAGGAGUUCGUGCCGUUUGAGUCUGGGAGGGAGACGUUUUAG